UCUUGCACACGCUAUUUUGGAAGCAAAGCAUAAAAUUUCUCUCCUUUCUUCAUACGCUACCAUAAAAACAAAAUAUAGUAUGAAGCAGAGCAUUCGCUCCCAGACCAUACGCUAUACAUCCACCCCUAUUUUCUUUAUUGCUUCACCGAUCAGUGAAUUUCAUUGAGAAUCCUGGGCAGUCGGAUCUAAAGAAUUAGGCAUACGUAAUUAAUCAAAGCAAGAAACGCAUAAUCGCCGCAAAGAGUUUACACCCUCUGAGUUAAUCGCCGGUUGACAUACCUUUUGGCAUAUUUCUUGGAGAGAAUACAUUUGCAGGAAGGGUUUCUUUUACUCAUUCAGAAUGGCAACAAAUGAAAAUCUCCCACCAAAUGUGAUAAAACAAUUAGCAAAGGAAUUGAGAAAUCUUGAUGAAACUCCACCUGAAGGCAUUGUAGUGAGUGUAAAUGAUGACGACCUCUCCACGAUAUAUGCUGAUAUAGAAGGGCCAGUUGGAACUCCAUACGAGAAUGGUGUCUUCCGGAUGAAGCUGAUAUUGUCUCAUGAUUUCCCCCAUUCACCUCCUAAAGGUUAUUUCUUGACCAAAGUUUUUCACCCAAAUAUUUCAACCAAUGGUGAAAUAUGUGUGAAUGCACUGAAAAGGGAUUGGAGUCCAAGUCUUGGCCUAAGGCAUGUGCUAAUGGUGGUUAGAUGUUUAUUGAUAGAACCAUUUCCAGAGUCGGCUUUAAAUGAACAGGCGGGGAAGAUGCUCCUAGAUCACUAUGAUGAGUAUGCUAGACAUGCAAGGCUUUAUACUGGAAUUCAUGCUUUGAAACUGAAGCCCAAGGUUAAAGCAGGGACUAUUUCGGAGUCAACGAUCGCUCUGAAUGUUGUUGAUCAACAAACUAACACCUCCUCAAUAGACAGCGUUAAGCCGAAGAGCUGUAAUCCUCUCCAACACCGGUCACUGAUCAAUACGAAAGGGGGGAAGGGUCAUCUAGAUCACCCAUCCAUACCUUGGCAUCCUAGCCCCAUAGCACUUGUGCAGAAGGAAAGUGGUUUGAGAAGAGUGCAUGUGCAUUCUAUAAAAAAGAAAAUAGAUGCGAGAAAGAAAAGCUUAAGGAGAUUGUAAUUUGUUCAAACAAAUCUUGUGAGCUUUGCCCCCCUGGGUGUUAAAUUCAUAGCUUGGGCUAAAUCAUAUUUCGUUUUAUUCAUCAUACCCCAUAAUCGUUCCCAGCUUACUGUUUGUUACUAUUAUACAGAGUAUUAAAUAGUACUCCGUAUAUCACUAUUUCUUUUUAUAAAAGUUAGAUCUAUUUAUAAUAUGCAAGUCUUAUUUGCUUAUAUUAAGUUUAACACUAUAAAGGUGAAUUUCAAAUGGUUUCAAGUUCAUGAGUAUGAUACUGUGAAAUGUAACU